AUGGGCCGCGGCGCUGUUCAGUAUGUGCUCCUGAGCACGCUGAUGGGAGCAGGCGUCGUGGCCCAUGCCUUCCACACCCGGCACCAGUUCUUCCCGGCGAUGGUGUACCUCUCCACGUCGAAGAUCGCGAUCACGGUCCUCGCCAACGCCGCGCUGUCUUACGCGUACGGCCUCUUCCUGCUGGCCGUGCGCGUCUUCUUCGUUUCCCUGCGUGACGACGAGGCCGAGCGCGUGUCCGAGCGGACGCGCAACGCGGUGAUCGAGACGUGCCUCGCCCUGACCGUCUUCCGCGAGGAGUUCGGCCUCACGACCGUCGGCAUGUUCGGCUUCCUGCUCGUGGCCAAGAUCAUGCAUUGGCUCCUCCAUGACAGGGUGGCCUUCCUCGACACCGCGCCCACCGUGCCCGCCGCGACGCACGUGCGCAUUGUAUCGCUCCUCAGCCUCCUCCUCUGGGUCGACGCGAUGAUGCUCGAAAGCGGCGUCCAGUCCAUCGUCACAAAAGGCGCGUCCGUGGUCAUCCUCUUCGCGUUCGAGUACGCCAUCCUCCUGGUCCAGGCAGCCUCCACGGGCCUGCGCUACGCGUUCGCGGCGGCCAACCAGCACGCACAGGGCCGCUGGGAGGGCCGCUCCCUCUGCGUGCUCUAUCUCGACCUCAUCUCCGAGCUCAUCAACCUCGUCCUGUACGCCGCGUUCUUCGUGAUCGUCUUCGCGUCCUACGGGCUCCCCGUCCACCUCGUCCGCGCCCUCUACAUCAGCUUCCUGUCCUUUCAGCGUCGCCUCAAGCGCUUCAUGUCCUACCGGCAGCUCACCGCGGCGAUGGACAGCAGGUUCGCGGACGCCACGCAGGAGGACAUGGACCGCUGCGACGGCACGUGCAUCAUCUGCCGCGACGAGAUGUCGGCCGGUCCCGGGGCGAAGAAGCUAGGCUGUGGGCACUGCUACCAUCUGCGCUGCCUGCGGUCGUGGCUGGAGCAGCAGCAGACGUGCCCGAUCUGUCGCGCGCCGAUCGAGGCGCGCCCGCGCCCCGCGCAGCCGGCCCGCGCCCCGCCGCGCGAGGGUGCGGAGGCGGCGGAGGGUGCGGAGGCGGGCGGCCAGCGCAGCCGCUGCCGCAGCCGCAGGCGGCGGCGGUGCCCUGCCGGUGCCGGGGACGUGGCGCGGCCGGACGCGAGCGGCCUGCGCCGCCGCGUGCACGCCGGUGCGCCCGGCGACGCUCCGCAGGCCGCGGAGGGGGGUGUGGCGGGCGCCGGGGGGAGUGCUGGGACGGUGGAGCGGUCGCCGUCGAGCGCGAGGGAGGCUGCGCGGGAAGCGGCGCUGCGGCGGCUUGCAGCGGCGCAGCAGGCGGCCGCGGAGGCUGCGCCGGCGGCUCCCACGGAGGCUGCGGGGGGCGCCACAUCGACAACGGUCCCGGGUCUCACGCCGGUGAUGAGCGCGUCGUCGAUGACCUUCGCCGGGGGGCCGCCGCACACGCCGCCGUCGCUCCCGGCCGCGUUCGCGCACCCGCAGCAGCCGUCCCCGGCAAUGGCACAAGCGCACGCGCACGCUCACGCACAGCCCCCGCACCUGCCGGCGGGGAGCGUCGGGUACCUGCCGAUGACGUGGAGCGUGCCAGGGAUGCCGAUGAUGACGUCGGUGCCCAUGCUGCGGUGGGCGCCGCCGACCGAGGACCGCGCGGAGGGCCCCACACGCCAGCCCCCGCCCGCAAUGCUUGCCAUUCCAAGCUUCCAUAUUCCCGGCAUGAUCGCGCCGUUUCCGACGCUCCCCGUCGGCGCAUACGGGCAGUACUCGCAGGGCUUCGCGGCCGGCGCGCCGCCGAUGCCGGCGAUGCCCGACACGGCGCACGCCGCGGACGGCAGCGAGCAGCGGGGCUCGGCGGGGGCGGACUCGAGCAGCCAGUCGGGCGGAGCGCCGCGGUACACUCCCUUCGCGCACCCGUUCAUCGGGAGCCCGUUCGUCGCGUCGAUCGUGCAUCUGCACCAGCUGCAGAUGCCUGGAGCGGUGGCACCCGCGGGGGCCGCAGGGCAGGGCGGCGGGGCCGCCGCUGGCUCGGCCGUGCCGGCGCCGAGCACGGUGGACGCGCGGAGUUCUCCGUCGACAGCAGGGCCUGCUGGGACCGAGGCGUCGCCGCAGCCCCGCGAGCCAUCCCCAACACCCCCCCCUGUGUCGGCACCGACGAGCCUCGUGCACGUGCAGCCGCUGGCGAUGGCGUACGUGCCGGCGCAGCCGGCGGUGUCGCAGGGGGACCACCAGAUGGCGGCGCAGGCGGCGUACGAGGCCGGGUCGCUCGUGGCCAGCGCGAUGCUGGGAAGUCGCGGCACGGGUCACAGUCGUAGCAGUGACGCCGAGGCCGGGCCGUCGGGGGCGGGGGCGAGCCAACAGGAGGCUGAGACCGACGGCCAGACGCAGGAGGGCCGCAAGGCGCACCACGCGGCGCUCGUGGCAGCCACGGCGACUGCCGCGGCGAUGAUGGGGCAGCCCCUGGAGCAGUUCCUGAAGCAGCACGCCGACCUGAAGCCCAAGCACGAAGAGGCGCUGCGGUGCAUGGCGGCGUCCCAGAACGACGGCGAGGCGUCCUCGGCGCGGGAGGGGCAGCCGGGGGCGUCCGCGGGGGAGCAGACGACGACGGUCGAGGUGGGCGGUGCCUCCGCCGACACGGGGAGGGUCGAAAACGGUGGCGCCGGGGACGGCGCGGCGGAGGUGGAGCCGGAGAAGGCGGGGGAGGAGCGCGGGGAGGGGGACGAUGCGGCGGGGCGGACUGAAGCCUGA